CAAUAUUACGUAGUAUGACACAGGUCUUGCAAAGACGCCAGUUGGACCAGUGUAGUCUUAGCCACGCACUGAGUCACGCGUAUACUCGCAACGUUGUAGUGAAACGUUUUGUGUUUAAAUCGUAAGGUAAAGCUCGAACACGGGACACUAUCAACGAUAGGGUGUUUUAUAUGAGCUGCGAAGUUGCACAAAUUCAAACUGGACCAAACACGGCGUCGGCACAGUGAGAACGAGUAUCGACGAUGGAGCAAUAUCUGGCCAUGGUGACUUUGUCUCUGAUUACAACAGGUGCAUCUGCACUGCAAUGUUACCAAUGUUUAAUCAAUCCUCAACCUGGGGAAUAUUAUAAUACAACGAAGAGACUGUGCGUGCACUUCGAUUACUCAGACAAAUUCAUUGUUGACUGUCCAUUCUCUACAAUGUGUAUGAAGAAGGACUUCUAUCUUGAUAUUCAGAACGGAGUGAGAAUAAACGCCGUCCUUCGCGAUUGCGCUCAACAGAAGAACGAAUACCAGGAUUACAAGAACGGCAAGUGGUCUCCGAAGACUGAGGUUGUGGAGGCUUACGAAGAGGGUUGUACGUCCGACAAUAGAGGAGAUAAAGCUGUUGUCAAUAAAUAUUGCUACUGUCGCAGUGAUCUCUGCAACUCUUCAAACACAAACCACGAGGGAUAUACAGACAUAAUGGGAGUAAUUGUCGUAUUUAAUUUAAUGAAAUACAUAAAUAGUCUCAGGUAGUCAUUAUAGGGUUUAGACAAUUAAAAAAUGCUUUGUGCCAAGCGGCUACCUCAAACUGGAGUCAUUCCUAGACGCUAACUUAGAGCUUUUUCUAGGUAAAUAGAAUUAUAUGCUAUCGGCAUUGCACAAAUGUAUGUAAAGCUUUCGGCUGGCCGACCUUUAUGGCACAGUGGUCAAAGCGGGUUGCUUCAAUACAUGUAACUUGGAGACCCUGGGUUGGACUUGCAGAGAAACCAGAUUUUUUGGACAGAAGACAGAGCAGACAGUAGCACAGAUAAACUAUGAAUCUUAAAUAAUGAUUAAUGACAUCAAAAAUAUCUUUUUCCUAUUGGGUUACGGAUAAAUUUUUGGCAUUAAUACAUGUUUAGGUCGACUGACCUAUACUUAAAUAGGGAAGUCCACAAGUGCUUGUGGUUAUAGAAUCCUUACAAAUAUGCAGUUUGGACACAUUACUAGGAAAAUCGACAAACAUCAAACGGCUCCCACACAACUACAUACCGGCAAAUAAAAAAAACCAAAAGCAAAUGAAAAAGCUAUAAAUCGGACUAACAUUUUUGUACUAAGCAAGAAAGACCUCUCCCAACGUGCCGAUAGUUUAGUUGGAAAAAGUGUUAAAUAACUAAGUGUUUAAUUAAAUAUGUAAGUUAGUAAAAGAACGCAAAUAUGCGUUAUGUGAUACUCGUUAUAGAUGUAAAUGAGGUUAUGUAUAUUGUAGACUAAUUACACUUUUAAAUCAAUGUCACUUAGCACGUCCUUUGUAAUUUUAUGCUUUAAAUUAGUAAGUGAACAAAUUUUUACAUUAAUGAUAUAGAACGAAUUAUAUACAUUAUUAUUAGUAUUACAACUAAUAAUUAAAAAGAUCCAGAAGAUAAACCAACGAUAAACGUGUCAGAGAAUCAAAUUGUAAAGCUUAAAGUAUAUUUAAAAUACUUUGUUGUUGGAACUUUAAAAAUAAGAUUUCACUAGACCUUAGGACAAUCUGUUCGUCUACAUAAAACCUAUGUUACACAAUAUAAGUCUUUGAUCCGA